GCUUUUCAAUGACGCAUGCGCAAAUUCAAGUUCCUGCCUGAUCGUGAAUUUACAUGCACAAAAACUAUUCUAGGUCAGCAAAAUGGAAGGGGCAAUGGCACCAGGAAUGCUGUCUACACUAUGUGAUAUGCUUAAACCUCCAGAGGAAGAUUCAGAUAGUGAUGAAGACAAGCCAGUGUCAAGUAUAGCCCAGCUAAACCCUGGAAACAUUGGAACCAAAACUAAACCCAAGAAAGACCUAGGGGAAAAGAAAGUUGAAAAGGAUACAAAAGAUAUCUGGGAUACUGAAGAAGUCCAGGAAGGUUCUGAGUUCGAGUCAGUAUAUGAUCCACGACCACAACCCGAGUAUGAUAUUAUACACAAGCAGGCAGUAACAUCUGAGGACAUGUUUCUACAGAUGGGCAACAAAACACCAGCCACAUCUUCCUGUGAAGAUAUGGUGGUAAAGAUUAAAUUACCAGACACAAAAAUGCCAGAUGUUACAUUAGAUGUUAAACCUAAAUUUCUGGAUUGCAGAACACCAAAUUAUUACCUCGGACUACAUUUACCACAUCCUGUUGACCAUAAAAAUGGUAAAGCACAGUGGGAUGGUAAAACAGAGACAUUGAGUGUAACACUUAGAUUAAAACGUGAAUAUGAUUUUAUGAACUUCUGAUGGCAGUCACCAUGUUACCAACCUUGUUGUGUUCACUCAGUGAUUAUAAUAAAAGUAACAGACUUAGUAAGGUACUACUGAAACUGUGAUGUUCACAGACACCAGAA